AUGUGGAGCCAAAGGUUAAAACAUCAAUGGCAAAACUCGCUGCGAAACAUUCUCAUUGCUCGACAAUAUCAGCGCGUGAGAUGGGUAGCUAGCGGUGGUAUUUUAGCAAGUCUGGGAGGAGCAUCGUGGUAUUACCAUCAAUACUGGCAUGAAGUUGAAUUAUCACCGGAUUAUUUCACAAAAUAUAGAGUCUCGCACAAUGCUAAAUUAGACUCAGAACACUUUCUGAUGGAAUUGACGCCGUUAAAACCGCAAAGGGUAAAUUUAUGGAGCGCGACGACAUCUAACAAGCUAUGGUCGGUUGAAGUCAAGCAGCCGGAAAUAAUGGUUGUCAGAAACUACACACCAUUGCCACUUAAAGUCACAACGGAUAAAAAGGUCCAGGUACUGCCUGAUGGAAAGUUUGAGAGCGGUAAGCUUCUUUUCUACCUGAAGAAAUACCGUUAUGGGGAAGUUGCGCGUUGGCUGAGUGAGUUGCCUGAAGGUCACAUAGUCGAAGUACGAGGACCUUUUGUGGACUUUGAACUGCCUCCAUUUGAGGAAAAGAGAGACCGAUCAUUUCUCUGGGACGACAAUGCGAAGCUACAGUCAGAACAGUUUUUACAGCAGCCGUACGACAUUGCUGCAUUCACAGCAGGCACGGGAAUAGCUCCGAUUAUGCAAUUGUUACUAAAAGAAAACCCUUUCCCGGGCCGAAUUCUGAUGUUUCAUUCGUGUCAUGCCGACUCUGACCUAGGGCCCCUUCGACAUUUGUUAGAUAAGCUUCAAGACUAUCAUCGCGCAAAAUUAUACCUUUUUGAGUCUCAGCGGGCCAAUGACUUACGGAAAAUAAGUGAUGAAGUACUUAAGCUCAUUCCUUCACCUAUGGCAUAUCACGCUGGCCCAUUUGUAGGCUUAAACUCAUCUAUCAGCCCUAUUUUGUCAUUAGUUUGUGGACCAGACAGCUAUAUCACCACGGUAUCGGGCGUCAAGUACGACUUAUCUCAGGGACCAAUUGAAGGGCUUUUGGGGCAAAAGGGUUGGAACAACUCAAAUGUUUACAAGUUAUCAUAG